AUGGAAGUCUUAGAUGAAGUGUAUUAAAAUCUAAAGAUAUUACAUUCAACCUCUAUUGAUGGCUCUGUAAUUUGUGAUGUCAAUCUAAAUGUUAAUAAAAUUGCUAUCAUUAUCGGGACUCAAAAGUCAUAAAACUCUAGAUCAUAAAAUCCAGUCCUACAUCUCUAUUCAGCUUCAACAGCCGAAAAAGAGCGAGAAUUGGUUUUACCUGUCGACUAUUUAAAAUCACUUAAGUUUUCUUAGACUGGAUAAUUUUUAAUUGCAUAUGGUUUAGCAAGUGAUAUAAUAGUGAUAUCUAUUAAUGACCGUGAUCAAAAAUUACAAAUUUUAAAAGGUCACUCAUAUUUUGUAGAUUCUAUUCACAUCCAAAAAUAAGAAAAAUUAUUUGUAUCCGCAGCAUCUUUUGAUUAUUUAUGUCUUUGGAGUUUGGAAGAGUUCAAACUAUUAAAAAAGAUUUCCACUCAAGAACAACAAAUAAGUGAAAUUUACUCUUUAGCUUUGUCACAAUCUAAUCAUUUCUUGGCUGUAGCCACUUCAGAUGAACGAUUAAUCAUAUGGAAUUAUUAAGGAGGCUCAAUCACAAAAAUCAUACAAUUUAAAGACGGUCUCAAUUAUUUAGAAUAUCCCCACCAAAGUAAUAAUGUACUCUUUGCCUAUAGAAAAGCUUCAAACUCCUUAAUCUUAUUGAAUCUCAAAGCGGCAACCAUUAUAAGAUAAUUGGAACUCUUUUCAGUUAGAUUAGUCAAUAUAGAUUUUAUAUAAGAUUCAAAUCUAAUUACAAUAGCUUAAAACAAUCUAUUUUAAAAAUAAGGAUGUGUGUCUUUAUGGGAUUGGCAAAAAGGAAACUUAUUGAUUAAACAAAAUUUAGACGACUCAGUCAUAAUUUUGAAGGCUCUUGAGAAGAAAAAAGUCUUAAUAACUAAAGAUAAUUAUUCUAUUAAAUUUUGGAUGAAUAAGCAAUGA